UCUAAACCCCACAUGCCAAAACCCUCGCUCCACGACUCUUUUCCAAAUUUUUGAUUGAGUUUUCAAUUUCAAUACCUUUCAAUUCAAGCAAAGUUGAACAGUAACUGAGGUUGAAGUUUGGAGCGAUCCCAAAUCUCAAAAACCUACUUCGGCAAUUAACUGUCUUGCGGAACCCGAAACAAUUUAAUGUCGCCGCCGAUGACUGCAUCAUUCUCCGCUUUUCAAAGCCCUAACCCGGAUUUGUUGAAUAAUCGGGACUCGAAAUCUCCAGAAAAUGUCAAUUUUUUUGAUAGUUUAAGCGGUGCUGGUGGAUAUGAAUGCAAGAACGCGUGUCCGGGAAGAUCGAAUUUUUCGGGUCGGAUAAAGCUGAGGAUGAGGAAGAUGAGGAAAAAGCAACCGGGUGCUUCUCAAAAUGGAAAAUCGGUGACAAGUAGUUUUAACUCGUCUAAUAUGGCAAAUUCUGGUAAUUCAGGCCAAUUAAAUGAAGCUACUAGAAGUAAUUCUCGUGGGUUUAGUGAGCUUAGUAAUGGAAGCGCAAAGUUUGGCAAUUACGUAGGCUUUGUGUUUGGGGUUAAUAAUGAUAUCAAUGUGGGAAAAAGCGGUGGUUUGGAGAAUGCGGAGUGCAGUGACAGUUGGAGUGUACCUCGAAAAUUUUGUAGCACGGGUAUUGUUUUUGGUGCUGAUAAGACUAAUUCAAUAUCGAAUUUGGAUUUGCAUAAUGGAAAUUCUUCUUUCAGUACAAAUAUGGAUAACUCGAAGUCCAAUACAAGUUUGAAUGAUGGAUAUUUUGUAUUUGGUGCUAAUAAGAACGGAUCAACGUUAAAUACAAAUUUGGAAAGUGAGGUAUCUGUGAUAGGUGUUAAUACAAAAUUUGGAGAGAAACAAUCAAGGGUAAAUGGAGGACAAUCAGGAGCUAACGAGUUUAAGAAAUCUGAUGACUUGGGAUUUAUGUUUGGUGCAGGUAAGAACGAGCCAGAAAGGAUGAAGAAAAAAGAGUCAAAUAAUACUGACUCGCAAUCGAGUGUCAAUGGAUUUGGGGAAGUCAAUAGUGCAAGUUUUGUGUUCCGUGCUAGUAAGAGCGGUUAUGCUUCAAAUAGUUUAGAUCCAAAAGAACAAUACUGUGGCAGAAAAGUGGGGAAGAAUGAAUCAAGUAAAGAUGUUGGAAAAACCGUACCCGAUAUUAGUGAUAAGGCACAAUCAGAAUCCAGAGGGGAUUCUGAAAGGGUUGGUCAUUCUAGCUUUGGUUUCCCUUCUACUCCGAGUGUGAGUAGGACAAAAGAUCAUAAUAGUUUUGUGUUUGGUGCUGAUAGUAAUAAUUCAAAAUUAGGUGCAGAUUUGGAAAAUAACUCAAAUGGCAAAAAUGGAGGGAGGUGCAAUUUUACUAACAGUACUAAAGAUAGUACAGAUGGUGGAACUGGUUUUCAGAACACCAAUAUCAAUGGUGGUUUUGGUAUUGGAGGAAUAAGAAGCAAGAAGAAUUUGAAUCCUGAAGGAACUACUUUGCCUGUUGAUGAAAUGAAUAACAUGAACAGUGGGAAAGCUGAUGAUUCCAAUAGUUUUUUUGGUCACAGUGAUAAUGACGGUACAUACUCUAAAUUAAAAUUUGAAAGUAGAUGUGGUUUAGGUACUGAUUUUCAGAGCCCUCUCUUUGAACUUUCGGAUGAGAUGAAGGGAUUAAAGAUUGACGGUUCUGAAGCAGUUGCUGAGAAGAGCAGAAAUUGUGGUAGCAAUUCAUCUGCCACUACUAGUAACGUAUUCAUUUUUGGAAGCAAUGGAAGGGAGUCUGUUUUUUCAACUGAAAGACCUGAUACAAUGUCUUGGAAUCCAUUCAGGGAUGCGAAUGCAGAAGGCAAUGACCUUGAAAAGGGUGACGAAAUUGAUGCAACAAGGAAUGCCCAUAAGGUAAAUGCACAUGAAAAUACCGGAAAACCUUCUGAUUUUUUUAGACCCAAUGUUUCAGACAUGUUAUUUGGCGAAACGAAAAGUGCAAAUUCUGAAACUGGGGCUGGAGUAUCCAGUCAACAGACAUAUUCAUGGUUUUCUGUUGCUGGUGCUUUUGGAAAGGAUAAUCAUACGAUGAACAAGAAGGCUUCGGAUGAGGAUUGCUUAUUGCAGAAUAACAUCCAAUCCAAUAGAAUGUCUUCAUGUUUUUUCUCGUCAAUUGGAACUGCUGUUCAACCAAACAAUGGUGACUUUUAUGAAGGCAUUAAUAAAGCUGAGAAAGACAGCAAUAGCUUUAUGAGCACACCCAUUAAAUUAGAGUCAUCUUGUACAGACUUUAGCACUCCAGAUAUUGAAUUUUCAUUUACGUCUUCUAAUUUAUUUCCCGGAGUAAACAAGAAGUUAGAAUUUAGUGCAAAUCAUAAAUCAGCUAGGAGCAGAAGGUUGAAGAAGGCAGAUGGAAAGUUAAGACAAAGAAGCUCGAUCCGACAUAAGCCCGAGCAAGACCCCAUGUCUAAAGAAGGCAGUUUUCGGCAAAAUUAUGAGUCCCCUGGAUGUGGUUCACCCAUGGAUUUUUCACCUUAUCAAGAUACUUGUAGUAACAAUGCACCAUCUGGUGGCUUCGCAACUAUGGCUACUGGAGUGGAAGGAGAAGAUGUUAUCACAAAUGGAGAAGAUUUUAUGGGACAUACUGAAAGGCCAUCUGAUGGGGAGUGCAAAUUUAGUUUCUCUGCUUCAUUGCCAGGACAAGAUGGUUUAUCAGCCAUAAGGAAUCAAUACAAGAAAAAAUACAAGUUGAAAGUUGGUUCAAAUCGCACAGCCCAAGGCCGAACAUCUUCAAUUGCUUCUUCUUCUGAAGUGCAGUCCUCUCCCCUUGCUCGUAAUAUUUCAGAUGUGGGUCCAGGACAGGUACAGAGUCAAGCAACCCUGUCUUGUCAAAGCAAAGAAAAAUUUGUUUUUGAUGCUGACAAACAAAAUUCAAAACAAGGCCCUAAAAAGUCUGCAUCCGAUGAUUUGUGUGAGCACUGGAGAAUCAGGGGAAACCAGGCUUAUCAUGCGGGGACGUUUUCGAAAGCUGAAGAGUUUUAUUCAACGGGCAUAAAUUGUGCCUCAAAUGCAAGUAUUGAAGGAUGCUCCAUUAAACCGCUCUUGCUCUGCUAUAGCAACCGUGCAGCCACACGAAUGUCCCUUGGGAGGAUGAGGGAAGCCCUGGGAGACUGUACAAAGGCCAUUGAAUUAGACCCCAGCUUUCUCAAGGUCGCUGUAAGAGCUGGAAAUUGUCAUCUGAUGCUGGGAGAAGUUGGAGAUGCAAUGGUAUGUUACAAAAAGUGCUUGGAAUCGCUGAUUGAUGUCUGCUUAGAUAGGAGAGUCACAAUUGAAGCUGCUGAUGGCCUGCAAAAGUCACAGAGAGUGUCCAAGUACAUGCUUCAGUCCGCCGAGCUUCUGCAAGAAAAAACUCAUGAUGCAGCAACCAGUGCGCUAGAGAAUAUUACGGAAGCCUUGAUGAUAAGUCGUUAUUCAGAGAGCUUAUUUGAGAUGAAAGGAGAGGCUCUUUGCACUUUACGGAAAUAUGACGAGGUUAUUCAACUAUGUGAGCAAACUCUUGAUAUUUCUGAGAAGAAUCUUGCGUCAGCUGACAUGGAUGAUUCCAAUUGCAAGAGCUCUCAUGUGAAGUUGUGGAGAUGGCGCCUACAAUCUAAGUCCCACUAUCAUCUGGGAAAUCUUGACAUAGCUCUUGAUUUGAUUGAAAAACAAGAGGAAUUGAUUUCUAUUGGCACUAAGUAUAGAAACAUGAACCAAGAAUCCUCAGUUCCUUUUGCUGCCACUGUACGCGAGCUUUUAAAUUUGAAGAAACUAGGAAACGAAGCUUUUCAGUCUGGAAGGCAUACAGAAGCUGUAGAACAUUAUACUGCAGCUAUAUUGAAAAGUGGCGAGUCACGUCAUUUUAUGGCUAUCUGUUUCUGCAAUCGUGCAGCUGCAUACCAAGCACUUGGCCAAAUUGUUGAUGCCAUUGCAGAUUGUAGUGUGGCCAUUGCUCUUGAUGAUAAUUACCAGAAGGCAGUUUCCAGGAGAGCUACAUUACAUGAGAUGAUUAGAGAUUAUAAGCAAGCAGUUUGCGAUCUUCAGAGAGUUGUUUCUCUGCUUGAAAGUCCAUUUCAAGCAAAAACUCGACAAUCUGGAGGACAGGAUAAAUCAAAUUGUGGUAGUGCGAAAGAUUUAAGAAGAACACGUCGCCGUCUUUCUUUAAUUGAAGAGAAAGCUAGAACAGAAACUCAACUGGAUCUUUACGUCAUUUUGGGAAUCAAAUCAUCUGAUACAGAAUCCGAGAUUAAAAAAGCAUAUAGAAAGGCUGCUCUUAGACAUCAUCCAGACAAGGCUGGUCAGUUAUUGGCGAGGAGUGAGGGUUUGGAUGAUGGAAGAUUGUGGAAAGAGGUUGGUGAGAACAUCCACAAGGAUGCUGACAGGUUAUUCAAAAUCAUCGGGGAGGCGUAUGCCGUACUUUCAGAUCCUAUCAAGCGCUCCAAGUAUAAUGACGAAGAGGAAGUGAGAAAUUAUUACAGGGAUAGCAAUUCUGAACGACCAUCUACUUCUUACAGUUCUCCGUACGAGAAAAGCAGUCGAUAUGGGAGACAAUCGGGUUUUUAUAAUUCUUCAUCCGAGAGAAGCAACAGUAGACGUUAUGGGAACGAAUCAUGGAAAUCUUAUGGUAAUUCAAGUCCCCGGUGGUAAGCAGGUGGCAACGGUGUUCUUGCAAGUAACCAGGACCUGUAAGAUGAAAAGUAGCUUGCCAACUGGCCCAAGCUCGGAUCUAUUGAACAUUUCAGAUCUCCCGUUAUUUCUUAGUAGCUCAGUGGUAGAGCUGUCUAUCUGCCCGAUUUUGAUCUGUACACUCGGAUAAUCCUAUUAGGGUUAGGUUUUGGAAACAUUUACUAAGGCGUAAGAUCUAAUAUCGUGUACCUAACGUGCCCGUGUUUUCUUAUAAGAACCUGGCCUUUUCCAGUGAGGCCUUGAUCUAAUGGUAAAGGACAAGGACAAGGACAAGGCUGAGGUUAUGAGAUUAAUCUCAAAUUCAAUGCACAUUACUGUGUGGGCUAUCUAUCCUUGCUUAAAGGUACACUUUCUUUGUAAUUGUUUGAUUUUUGUGGUUAAUAAAAUGAAAUUAUAUGGACA